AUGUUCGCGAUGGGAAUGAGAAAAGAUUACGCGAUAAUAGCGUUGCUGAUAUGCGCGGUAACGGCGAUAACUAUUUACUAUUUGAGCCUAGUGUCAAAGUGGGAGAGUUACGAGGUGGGCGAACGGGUGAAAAGUCAUUUGUCUCGUUCCGAGUCAGAAGUUGCAGAAAACGAAUCGCCGCUACCGGAUUCCCAGGACGGUCCGAUCGACUACGGCGAUAAAAAAACGAUACUAUCGUGGACGUCCCUCCCGUACGUCGAGAAGUAUUUCGGCCUUGGUAAAACCGGUCACUUCGACACGUGCGCGGGUUACAAAGAGUGCGUUGCGACGAACGACCGGGGAUCGUUGAACGUGAGCGAAUUCAAGGUGAUUCUAUUUCACGGUAACGAACUGCGGACGAACGACCUUCCCGCCGUUAGAGGACCCGAGCAGAUCUACGUCUUCGUUAAUAUCGACAGUCCGAUGAACGAACCACCGGUUGAUCGUUUCUUCGAUAACUUUUUCAACAUGACCAUGACCUACAGACUCGACAGCGACGUCGUUUGGCCCUACGGGAUAUUCAGGAAUACGGACACCGGCGAAACGGUGGGACCCCUCGAAUCCCCGAUUUGGAUGGAGCCGAGCUACGAUCCGAUGAGAUUUAUCACGGAAUUGGAUUUCGAGGAGAAAACAAAACUCGCGGCUACGUUCGCAGGCGGGGGUAAAACGAUCGGUGGUAGGGAAUCGUUGGUCGAGGAAGUUAGGAAGCACAUGCCGGUCGACGUCGUGAAAAAGGACGUCGUCGGGGCUGCGUACUUCUUCCAUUUCGCCUUCGAGGAUUCGCUGUGCCGGGAUUACGUCACCGAAAUAUUCUUCGACACCCUGAGGUACAACGUUGUACCGGUGGUUUACGGCGGUGCCGAGUACAAAAAAUUCGCUCCACCUCAUUCUUACGUGGACGCUCUGGACUUCGACAGUCCGAAAUCACUUGCGGAAUUUUUGAUCGAUUUGUCCGGCGACCGCGAAGAGUACUUGAAGUACUUCUGGUGGAAGAGGUUCUACGCCGUGGAGUCCGCGACUUCGUGGACUAUGUGCAACCUAUGCGAUAUGCUCGACGACCCGUCGUCGCCGGUAAAAACAUACGAGAAGCUCACCGACUGGUACUCAAAGGAUACGUGUCCGAUCCAGGACGGACUAGACGGUGGAAAUUACGCGACGAAAAAACUGAGGGCGCAAAAAGAAAUUCCCAAGCUUUUGGAGAAGUUGAGGAUCGUUUAACCGGUGUAAAAGUGUCGCUUAAUUUUUUUCUUCACUCACAACCGUUCGCACGUCUUUCGUCAUUCGUGACCGGCUGGUAGUUGGAUACCGAAGAGGCUUUUAUCAGCACUGGAUUUAUAGCGUUAUCGGAUUACGCUGUACCCUGGGUAUCCCGAGCAGUGAAUUAAUUGCAGUGAAUUAAUAUUCCUUCGCUUUUUCAUCUUUGGGGUAAUUUGAUUUGUUUUUUUUUUCUUACGAAAGAACCUUGAGUCGCGCGCGUUCCGCCGAGUACCUAUACGAAAAUUCGAUAAAGUUGAAUGGAUGAAAAAAUGGAGCGAAAGACGAUUUAUUUUACGUAUGCCGUAAUAUUCGUUGAACGUCGCUUGUAACUUGAUUCCGAGUCAAGUAUCGCGUCCUUAAUAAUAUUUUCGGUACUUGUAUAAAUUUUAGCUUAUGCCAAAGGAUGAGAGGAAGCGUGUCUACUUCUCCUCGAUCUUCGGAGGUAAUUGGAUACGUCAGAUAUUCAAAAUCAAGGGCGAAAACGCGACACCAUCUCUGGUCCCUAAUUUUCCCCACUCCCCCCCUCUCCGCCCGAUUUUCUUUAAAGAGAAAUGGAAAAUAAUUCGGUAAUAAAAAAUGAA